GUGAUUUUAGGACCAAAUAUAUAAGCUAGGAUACAUACAUUAAUGAGCAUUAAGAAAUACUGAAAUCUUACACAUUUGUUUAUGAGUUAGCUUUCUUAUGGAGAAUAUUUCAUUCAUCAGAGGGUUUCCUGAUCAGGAAAUAGUGGAGGAUCCUUCUUUAUGUCUUCAUCAGUGGCAUUUGAACUCUAUUGAUGAGUCUAACUCACUUCCAAUAGCUUCUGCUUUUGGAGACACUUUACACCACCAUUCAUAUAUUUAUCCAAACUUUAAUCGCAGAACUUCAGUUGAAACUGCUCCGAAACUAGAUACUCAAUUUGUUUCGUACCCGAAUCUUGUUUCAUUUGUCGAUUUGAAUCACGUAAAUCAGUUUGGUUUAACGAAGCCUAAGGAUGAGAUGGUUUGUCCACAAAACAGCAAGACAGCUCCUUCUGACAUGAUACCUCAAGGAACCUUUGAGGCCAAAAAGCUAGCGACACGUCCUAAACUCUCUCUACCUCAAGACCACAUAAUAGCUGAAAGAAAGCGGCGUGAAAAGCUCAGCCAGCGCUUCAUUGCUCUAUCUGCCCUUGUUCCUGGACUACAAAAGAUGGACAAAGCUACUGUUCUUGGAGAUGCUAUCAAGUACUUGAAGAAAUUGCAAGAGAAGGUGAGGGAUCUUGAGGAGGAACAGAACAUGAAGAAAAACGUGGAAACUGUGGUGGUUGUGAAGAAAUCACAACUACGCAAUGAUGUUGAAAAUUCUUCUGCAGAAUCUGGCGGACCCUUUGACGAGGAGCUGCCAGAAAUUGAAGCAAGAUUUUGUGAUAGAAAUGUCCUCAUAAGAAUUCACUGUGAGAAAAGCAAUGGAGUUGUGGAAAAAACAAUCCAUGAAAUUGAGAAACUUCAUCUAAAAGUCACCAAUAGCAGCGUCAUGACAUUUGGGAACUGUGCACUUGAUAUAACAAUUAUGGCCCAGAUGGAUAACGAAUUUUACAUGACAGUGAAGGAUCUUGUGAGAAACCUACGCUCGACUUUUGCAUCUUUCAUCGGAGGAUGUUCCUUUAGUUCAUACUAAACAGACCCGAAAAGCAUAAGAAUAUAUGUGUUUAAACUUUCAAUUUUUCAGUGAUAUUACUUUUUACAAAGCCUGUAAUGUCAACUAUCUCGUCUACUCCACGCAUGCUCUAUGGUUCAUUUGCGGAGGGUUUUUUCUGGUUAACUUGUUGACCAUGUUAGGGCUAUUCUCUCCUAAAAGGGGCAUUGGAUUUUUGAGUGCCUUUGACAAACAGGUCUUUGUGUUGUGAGUUUCUUUCUGUUUCAAACAAAUUAUGGUUGAUGUAUAAAAGUUGUAUGGAGUUUGAACACUUUGCCAAAGGCUUGUAAGUUCAAAUCUCCUGCAAAGUAUGCAUGUAUCAAAAUAUAUACACUUAUAAUGUUUGAUUGGCUUUAAUGAAAUAAUUGUAAUGUGAGAA